GGGCGCGGGGGCUCCUGGUCCCAAAGUUCUGUGGCCGUGGGUUGCGGGGAGGCCCGUUGGACCCCGCCAGGGCACGGGGCACUGGUUGCAAGAGGCCAGGGUCCGGGCAGCAGACUCAGUCCUGUGACUUGCCCUGCACUGCUAGGCGCGUGGCAGGGGCGCCCCGGGGACCUCACAGGGUCCUCAAAAGGCCCCAGAGGCAGGAGGAGGAGUGAGGGCGUGUUGGUCGCCUUUGUCUCUGGGGGCGCGCGUCGCUCCCAACAGCGAUCGCGAUGCCGCCUGCGACGCCGGCCACCAAGGUCUCCCUUAGGGAGCUUGCCGACCUGGCCAUCGGCACCCCAGAGGUGGGCGCCGUCAACUUCACGGCCCUGCAUACUCUCAUUGUGGCCAUGCUCAAGAACCUCAAUCUCCAAGAGACUGUCAUCGACUUCCACACCCUGUCGCCCAAGGGAGGCCGCUCAGUCGAGGCCCUCCAAGCCCCCUCUCGAAGCACCCUUUCCAGCGCGCCGCAGUUACACCACUCCAAAGAUCAGCACAAGACUGCGAGCAGGUCGUCCUCCCACGCGCUGGGCAGCCAGGUGGAGGAGCUGGGCAGCCAGGUGAAGGAGCUGGGCAGCCAGGUGGAGGGCCUCACCAAGCAGCUCAAGACCGUGGACAGCCAGAUGCAGGUGAUCGCCGCCCAGGUGCAGCAAAUCACCUCCACCUCCACGGAGUUAGGCUUCGAGGCCCCCACGGUGCUGGAGGUAAAGAACAUGUCCAUGCCGGACACCGAGGAGGCUCAGAUAAGGUCAACGGAAGUCCAGGAGGAUGUAAGGAAGCCCAUGAACCUGCUCCAUGAUGUUGUGGAAGAUGUGAAAAUUUUGAAAGAAGCCUACCAAAAAGCACAGGAGUUGAAACCACAGGAAGUUUUCCAGCGCAUAGAAAAACUUGAGAAGCUAAUCAAAGAACGCGAUGAUUUCCUGGAAUACAUGGGCCAGAAACUGACUUUGGUUCCUAGCGGAGAAGAAGUGACCAUGGUCACCUGGGAAGAGCUGGAGGAAGCAAUUGCCAAUGGCUGGAAGGCCUCCCAAGUGGGCUCAGAAACAGCGUUAGGACUUUCUAAGCGCAAAGUGCAGUCUUCCUUAACAUCAAGUGACCUCAUUCAAAGUGGGGUCUCCACCAAGUAUACAAGUACUGACCACAUUCCAGAUUCCGCUGGUGGGCCACGUCAGCCCUUACCUGGAUCCAGUGCCACGGGCCACCUCUAUGAAGCAGUCACUAUCAAGCAACGGGGCAAAGGCUCCUUUGCUCCUGGUAGAGAACAGCACACAAGGGCCCAUGCUGAAGCUAAUGCGUCAAGAUUCUAUCAACCUUCUAUACCCCAAUUUAGAACAGAGUCAGAUCACCACAGGAGUAGAGAACAAUUUACUUCAGGGUAUCCCAGAAGAGAUAUACACACUGGCCCAGCUCAACAAGACUUACCCUUGGCCAGAGAUCAGCCCAUUGGCCAGGGCCAAGUCUAUGUAAGGCCAGAUCAUCAUGAAUUAGGACUACCUGGAAUAGAUCAGCUGGGAUUGCCAUAUGCUAGCACUACACUACCUGGUGUGGUUCCCAUCAGUGUGAGUCAGCUUGGUAUGCUGCCACCUCAAAUGGAUUGUCAGGGAUUGGAACCACUUGGCAUGGAUCAGCGUGGGGUGGUGCCACCAUUGGUACCUGGCAGAGAUCAACAAAGAUCAGGACUACCUGGUACAGACCAGCUUGGUGUGGUUCCACUCAGCCCAUAUCAGUAUGGCAUGAUAAUUCCUGGCACAGACCAAUGUAGUAUGAAACAGCCUGGCAUGCCUGAGAGUGGUAUGAGACCACUUGGCAUAGAUCAGCAUGGAUUUGUAACAUUGGGUGUGAAUCAAGGAGGACUGGUCCCUCCUGGUGGGGUUCAGCAAGGAUUGGAACCUUCUGGCAUAGACCAACAUGGAUUGUCUCCAGUUCCUAUAGACAGACAUGGUUUGGUAUCACCUGGUUUGAUUCAAGUUAAUGCAGAUCAACAAGGCUUUGUGCAGCCCAGUUUGGAAACAUCUGGCUUUAUACAGCCCGGCACAGAGCAGCAUGAUUUGAUUUGGCCUGACAGAAAUCAGAGCACUUUGGGGCAGCCUGGUACAUAUCGGCCUGGCUUGGCCCAACCUGGUGCAGAGCAGCAUGGUUUGGUGCAGCCUGGUGAACACCCACCUGAUUUGGUACAACCUGGUAAAGAUCAGGAUAGUUUGAUCCAACCUGGACUGGAUCAGCGCAGGUUGAUACAACCUGGUACAGUUCAGCAUGGUUUGACACAGCCUGGUGUAGCUCAGCUUGAUGUGGCCCAGCAUGGUGCAGAUCAGCAUGGGUUGGUCCACCCUGAAAUGGGUCGGCAUGAUCUCAUGCAACCUGGGACAUUUCCUAGCGGUUGGGUGCAGCCUGGUGCAUAUCCACCUGCUUGGGCACAGGCUGGUGCAGAUUCACAUAGACCGGUCCAACCUGGUAUAGGUCAACAUGGUUUUGUACAGCCUAGAAUGGAUCAGAGUGAUGUAGUGCAACUCGGUGCAGAUCAACAAGGUUCAGUGCAACCCGGUGCAGAUCAACAAGGUUCAGUGCAACCCGGUGCAGAUCAACAAGGUUCAGUGCAACCCGGUGCAGAUCAACAAGGUUCAGUGCUUUUGGUGCCACCUGGAAUGGAUCAGCGUGGUUUGGUGCAACCCGGAAUGGAUCAGCAUGGUUGGAGACAACCCAGUGCAGAUCACCAAAGCUUGAUAGUUCCAGGCACGGAGUUGUGUAGAUUUCCACCAUUCCAGGCAGAUUUGAGGAGCUUGAGAUCACCUCACCCAUACCCAUAUCCUCGUGGUAUGGUACCUCCUGGACAAGAACAGCAUGGUCGUUUGUCGCCAUUCCUAGCCAGUCAAGCCUCAUCAUCACCACGUACAGAUAAAGAAUCUAUACGUCCUGACCAACAGUAUUUGGUAUCACCUGGCCCAGAUCAGCAAGCCCAGAUAUACCCAGGUGCAGUUCAGCCUGGUCAAGAACAUCCUGUCUGGGACCAACAGGGCCCAGGGUAUUCAGGCUAUGGUGGCCCAGGGUCCCUGGGUGUUGAUCCACGUGGCCGGGUUGCUUUGGAUCCAAACAGAAUUCCUGACUUUCCUGCUCAGACUGAGUCAGACCAAGAUGCCACCUCUGACAGGAGUCAAGACUCCCUUAGCUUUCUCCACCAAGUCUCAUCAGAAAGAAGUGAACCCAGGAGUGGGACCCAGAGUGAGCAACGUAAUUCACUGGAGAAACUGGCUCCUAACUUCCCCAUGGCCUUGGAAACAUUUCGUCUGAUGGGAGAGCUCAUUGGGCUCUAUGUGGAACUGAAGGAAAAUCUGAAGGAUCUGGAUGAGGAGAAAGCUGGCCAGACGGACAGAGAGAAGAUACAGUACCUAUUCACACUGAUGGUCAAGAAGAUUCUACUCCCUGACCUGCAGGAACAGAUGAAGACCUUGAAGGCUUUGCCCAAAGAAGUUCAUCAGGAAAAGGCAAAAGUGGAAAAGGUCCAAAGGCUCCUGGAGGGCGACGGCGAGCAGGUAGCAGGCGAGGAGCUGAAGGCUGGUCAGCUAGCCCUGCAGCUAGGCCUCCUCAGAAUCACCGUGACUGACAUUGAGAAGGAGCUGGCUGAUCUGAGGGACAGUCAAGAGCAAGGCAAGGCCGCCAUGGAGAAUUCGGUGGCUGAAGCCUCCCUGUACCUUCAGGAUCAGUUAGACAAGCUCAGGACGAUCAUGGAGAGCAUGCUGGCCUCCUCCUCCACACUGCUGUCCCUGAGCAUCACCCCACACAAGCCCCUGACCAUCUUGGCACCCAGCCAGAUUCACCCCGAGGCCACCUGCCCAGCCUGCAGCUUGGACCUGAGCCACCAGGUCAGCACACUGGUGCAGCGCUAUGAGCAGCUGCAGGAAAUGGUCAGCAACCUGGCUGCCUCCCGGCCCUCCAGGAAGGCCAAGCUUCAGAGCCAGGAUGAGGAGCUGCUGGGCCACGUGCAGAGCGCCAUCCUGCAGGUGCAGGGCGACUGUGAGAAGCUCAACAUCACCACCAGCAACCUCAUCGAGGACCACUGGCAGAAGCAGAAAGACAUUGAUGUGCUGUACCAGCGCCUGGAGAAACUGGAGAAGGAAAAGGCCAACAGGAAGCACCUGCAGAUGGAGAUUGAAGUAAAAGCUGACAAGAGCGCCCUAGCGUCCAAGGUGAGCCGGGUCCAGUUGGAUGCUACCACGGAGCAGCUGAACCACAUGAUGCAGGAGCUCAUGGCCAAGAUGAGUGGGCAGGAGCAGGACUGGCAGAAGUUGCUGGACAAGCUCCUGGCAGAGAUGGACAUGAAGCUGGACCGCCUGGAGCUGGACCCAGUGAAGCAGGCGCUGGAGGAUCGAUGGAAGUCACUUCGGGAACAGCUCAAAGAGCGCUCUCCCCUCUACCAGGCAGAUGAGGCAGCCGCCAUGCGGAGGCAGCUCUUGGCUCACUUCCACUGCCUCUCCUGCGACCGUCCUUUGGAGACCCCUGUGACCGGACGAAUCAUCCCGGUGACCCCUGUGGGUCACGCCCUGCCUGGGCACCGGUCCAUCCGCCCCUAUACGGUGUUUGAGCUGGAGCAGGUCCGACAGCAGAGCCGCAACCUCAAGCUGGGCAGCACUUUCCUCCCUCGGGGUGACCAGUCAGCGAUGGAGCAGAGUGUCGGGCGUUUGCGCACCAUGCACUCCAAGAUGCUGUGGGACAUCGAGAAGGUACAGAUUCACUUUGGAGGCUCGGUGAAGACCAGCAGCCAGAUGAUCCGACAGCUGCUGCAGGCCCACUGCCUCAGCUCCCCCUGCUACAAACGGGGGCCCAACUCUGCGGAUCACACCUGCUCAACCAUGGCCCGGCGCUGCGGGGGCAGCCACACUGUCACCUACCCCUACCGCCGCAACCGCCUGCAGCACCCGUCCCAGGCCUUGUACGCCCCCGAGGAGAUCCGGAUUGCCAUGAAGCAUGCCGAGGUGGAUCUCCUGGGCCUGGAUGGACAUAUUUACAAGGGACGGAUGGAUACGAGGCUGCCAGGCAUCCUGACCAAAGACAGUGAGUACUCACACAGCCCAGAGGCCCUCCAGAGUCCUUUGGUGGGUUCCCAGGGACAUCUGCUUCUUCAUAGGUCAUGCCCUUCCCUAUUCCCUGCCCCAAAAUGUUCACAUGUCUCCAGAGGCCCCCAGGUCAGUGUUUUCCGGGACAGGAUGGCUGUCCAGCCUCAGCUGAUCACCUGGCAUGUGGCAGCCCCAUCUUUUCUUGCCAGCCUCCAUCCUCAAGCCACUGCUGCCACUUUCCCUGGCCUCCAUUCACAGCAUCAUCCCAGACAGCCUCUACCUCCCCUUCUUCAAAGCUCAGCAAAACGCCGCACUUGAGCCCCCACCCCCUGAUCUCCCAUGCCCUGAAUGCCCACUCCCAGCUCUCCCUCCAUCCAUUCCUGAAGGCUGCGUGCUGCUCGGCACUUCCCAUCAUGCCUCACAACCUUGCACGCAGCUUCCCCACUGCCUCCCGUCCUAGGCUCGCCCAGCGCCUGGCUCACAGCUCACAUACCCAGGUCCUCAGGGAAUACCUGAGUGAGCCGGUGGAUGGAAGAACAACAGAUGACGGUGAUGUGGGGUAGACAUGUGUGAAUGAAUGAAGGGCUCAGACAGGCAAACGUACAAAUUCAGACUGGCAGCCCUGUCUGCUCUAUCCCAGUGGGUCCCCAGAGUUCUCCGUUGGGUGUCUCACAACUGACUCUGCCCACUGGUCUCCUCCUCAGCCUCAGGGAUGACGAAACACAAGCCCAAGCAGUCCCUCAGGGACACCAGCCAGCUGCUCUCUCGGCCUCAGAGUGCUCAGAUAUUGGCUGGCAACAACUCAGGCAGCUUCCUCCUGGAUGGAGGGCUCCUCUGCACAGCCUGGGCACUGUGCCCAGGCGUCUCCUUCCUGCCCCACAGCCCCCUUUCCAGCCCAUGCUGAUUUAUUCCUUUGGAGCCAAAAUGGGACUGAGGGGCAAGAGGGAAAAUCCAGCUACUGAGGGUCAGAUCUGUGGGGUGGCUACUGCUGCUGUCCCAUUUCACACAAGAGGACUUAGGAUGAGGUUGCACCCAGGUCUCGGGCUCCAGGCCCAAGUCCUUCCCUGCUCACACGUGUCCACUCUCCUGGAGCCAGUGCUCAGGAACUUGGUCUGAAUGCUGUGGGCAUGAGACCUGGCCAGGUCCUGGGGACCCCUCAUUCUGACCCUGUCCUGGAGGACCCCCUCCCCACCCCAGGCCUGGAAAGUCCCCAGAGUCUCUGGUCUCCCCUGAGCCUCUGACCACACAAGGGCCUGGAGGCUGGAUCACUACCAAGUGACUAAGCAAGUCUCUCCCCUCUGCAGACCCCAGGGUCCCUAUCUGUCCUCAGGAGGGUACAGGGUUAGUGCUUCUCAGUCUGGGCACCAGGGCGAAUCAAACACAGGUGCAGACCUGCAAAAAAGUCACGCAUUGUCAGGGAUUUAGCUCAGUGGUUCCGCUGCCUGCCUCGAAAGUGCAAGGUCAGUUUGAUUCCCCAGAACUAAAAAAAAAAAAAAAAAAAGUCACGCAUCCAUGGCACCUUGUGGAUGCAUGCAGGAGGGUCAGAACCCCUGGGCCCCCUGGUUAAGAGCCAAGCUGGCUGUGCUGUGACAUCCUUCCACUCAUGUCCAGAGAGAGCCUGUGGCUAAGGAGGGAAGAAGAGGAACCGGCACGUCGUCAUGGUGACGAUGGUGCCUCGCCUUCACCAAGGGCUUCUACUGCCCGGGUGCUGUUCCACAGCUUUAUAGUUAAACCACUUUUAAUCCACAUGCCAGCGUCAGGAGAUAUGAACCACUGUGAGCCCUAGUUACAGCCGAGAAAACCAAAGCUGAGAGAGGCUGAGGUACUUGCACAAGGACACACAGCUAGGAAGUGGUAGAGCUGGCUGGAAUUCAAAGCCAAACUGUCGGGCCUCACAGCCAGGGCUGGUAACCAUGGAGAACGGGCUGCGGGAGAAGUUUCAGUGAUUUUCUUGGGGGUACCUCGCUUCAUCUCCUGGCAUCCCACUAAGUCUACUCCAAGGGCACCUCAGAUAUAGAAGCAGGAGAGAGGAGGAUGGGAGUCUUAGGAAAACUCUCUGGGCCUCUGUGUGUCAGUGUUGCCUAAACAGUCCCCAUGUGUCAGCGCAACAGCACCAAAGUGGCUCCCGGCCCCUGCAGUAGGGCGUGUCUACUCACUCGUCACUCACAAGGACUACGAAGGCCUGUGUCCUCAGGCGCUCAUACACACACUUGCACUGAAUACCCGUCCCUCAGCCUGGCUGAAGGCUGCUCCCACCUCCCUGGGCUUCAGGUCCUUGUGGGCACCAGGAGUGAGGGAGAGUAACCCGGACCUCCUGUCCUGCAGUUUCUUCACAGUACCGACAAGGCAGACCUGUCUCCUCCGUGGGCCGUCUGGCCCAGUCCGAUAUGGCCCACCCACCCAGCCCCAACCUGCAGGGCAGCCUCCCAGGGCUGGAGGUAAACAUGGAUAUGCCUCC